AUGUGGUACCAAGCAGAGGCAGAAGUUGAGAAGGACCCAGAUUCCGAGGCUAAAGAGAUCUUGGACGAGAUCAUGGCUGACGAUGGGCGGGCUGCUGCAGCGGUGACCAAGUUCUCGAAAGACAACCCGCCAACCGCCAAGUACAAGCGCAAGGCCCUGAUCAAUUGGACCGAAUACCGGCGGUCCUUUGGCGUGAAGGUGACCAGGCGCGACAGGACCAGCGAUGUGCCGAUGACGGACGUGGAGUUCAAAAUAUGGGCUACGGGCACCAAGGGCUUGAGCGAAGAGCAGGCUGAUGCUUGGUGGAAGAAGUUGCUCGAUGACCCGAACACAGACCGGGAUUACGAAGGGUAUGCCGGGGCUUUGCAACUCUUCAUCCCAAAUGCUCUUCGUGGUAGGGAUCGCCUACGUGAUCAAUACAUUGACAAUAGGCAAGAGGAGGGGUCCACUCGCGAUAAGAACCCCAAGCCCGAGCAUGUUCAGGACCUACGAGACCAUGUGCAGCGCCAGGAAGUGAGCUUCGCCGAUGACUUCUUCAAAGGCAACGCUUCCUCAUCGAUGGAGAUGGAGAAAGAAAUCAAGCCGAAGCCGAAGGAGAAGCCCAAGAAGGUGAACCUCGAGCGAGAGCUUCCAAAAUUCGGAACGGCAAUGACAAAGCAUUUGGCAGGUUUGACUGUGGAUGUGAAGAAGGCAUUGGCUUCCGCCAACUUGGCGGCCGAGAAGAUGGAGAAGACAGACAUGUCUUUGUCUGACAGGCCCUCGCACAUGUUGACCUCCACUUUGCAGUUUCGCAUGCAGCUCGCCGUUCGCUGGUUGGGUGACUCAGACAAAGUCAUUGUGUUGGGCAAGCAAAAGCCUGCUGCUGCUGUUCCCGCAGCUGCCACAGCUGCUGCUGCAACCGCGGUCACAGAUGCUGAGGCUGAGACCAAAGAGCAGCCCAAGGAUCAGCCGGAUGCAGGCGCAGAUGAGGCGACGCCCAAGAAGCAGCGCACAGGUGACUCUGCAGCUGUUACCUCGUCACCGGCCCCCAGUGAGGCGUCUCUCCAGAUUGUGUUCGCGUCUGCAGAUGAUGAUGUCCUCGCCGCGUACAAGGAGAAGAUCCGCAGACAAGAUAUGUGCACGCUUCUCAAGAACAACCCGCAGAAGCGCCCCUUUGAUGGCGAAGCGAAGGAUUUCCUCUCGCAUGUUGAGAUGCAGAGUAACAUGCAGCUCAUCCUCGAGAUGGAAGAUGCAGACAAGUUCGUGGAAGCUCGAGACUCCUGGAACAGGACGGUGAACCUUGUCAAGGAGUUUGCGAAGAACUUGUCCCGGGCUGCCACUGAUGUUGUGGGCCAUAUCAAAUCCUUGGAGACGAAGUGCAAGAUCCAGAAGGAGAGGGCAGACAAGGAGGCGCAGAAGAAGAUUGUGGCGAAGGCCCGCGAGGAUGCGAAGACAGCCGCCGAUGCAAUCCGCGCUACCAUGGAGCAGUCCAAAUCAAAGCCCUCCUUCCUCGACCUGCCCUUCGACACCUUGAACAUCCCGAAGAUCAAGCUCUACGAUGGUAAGGUUCCCGAGGGCGCGUCCCUGGACGAGCCGUUCAUCCUUGAGAAGCAUGAUGCUCAGAAGCUUUGGUGCGCCAGCAAACCCGUGGACAAACUCCUUGCGUCCUAUGCAAUUUCUUGCAAGAAGGCGCAAGACUACAAGGCCACCGGACGUGGGCAGCAGCCAAUGUUGGACCAGCAGGCGGCUAGCGAAACCACCGACCUUGUCUCCAAGAUCCUGCCGCCAGACGCGAAGUUUGUCGACAUCGCGAAGGUGGAGGGUGGGGAGAAGUUCAUGAAGACAGUGUGGUGCUAUUCCUUUGCCCCAGGAACAUCAAUGAUGGCCCUUCCGCCCAACUGCGCCGCUUUUGUGAAAACGCAGGUCUUUGGGCACACAACGGUGAUCUUGAUCAAUGUGCAGUCUUUGCUGAACUACGCAGAGUCUGACCCAGAGUUGCAGCCGGCAGCCACUGCCAAGAGCAAAGAUAGACUUCUUGAAGAGCUUAGCCAGUGGAAGCUUGAGAACGUCAAGAAAGCCUUGACAGAAGAGUCAACGGAGCCCUCGCUGGAGAUGCGCAUGGCAGCUUUGGGCCCCAAUGCCUCUCUUUUCGUUCCAGUUGGCUGGUUGACCGUGGAGCUCGUCCCCAAAGACCAGAGUGUGGUCUAUGGGAUAAGAAAGUCAAUGUUCAUUGACACCAAGGAGUCGAAAGAGGCCUACAAGACCCUCCGCGAGCUCUACCAGGGAGAUAAUCGUGAUGUCACCCGCAUGAAUGUGAUUCUUUCAAGUUUUGAGUCGUAG